UCGUUAAAAUUGAACAACCAGCAACACUAGAUGUGGGUACACUUUUGCUCACAGAUAUUACUUACGAAAAACACAAAUGUAUAGUUUAGCUACAACAUAGUCAUUUUGGUGCGCAUUGGAUAGCACAUAUUUUCGCUUUGUAUCUAUGGCGAUGUCCAUAUCACAGGUCCUUUGGUGGUGUUUGCUGCUGUUGUUUUAUGCUAGAUUUAGGGUUGUGUUCUCAGAUACUGACCCUGGCGAUGAGGAGGCACUGCGAGCAUUGAAAGAUCAAUGGCAAAAUACACCACCAAGCUGGAGAAGGUCAAACGAUCCAUGUUCGUGGGAAGGUGUCACUUGCAGCAACUCAAGAAUCAUCUCAUUGGGAUUGUCUAGCAUGGGUCUGGUAGGUCAGCUCGUAGGUGACAUUGGCGGCCUAACUGCAUUAACAUCCUUGGACUUGUCGUUUAAUGGAGGUCUUACUGGUUCAAUCUCUCCACGAAUAGGCGACCUAAAAAGCCUCAACAUAUUAAUUUUAGCAGGUUGUAGCUUCACCGGUAGCAUUCCACACGAGCUUGGAAAUCUUCAAGAGCUAGCAUUUUUGGCUCUGAACACGAACAACUUAACCGGUGGAAUCCCUUCUUCAUUGGGAUCUCUUUCUAAACUUUACUGGCUGGACCUCGCAGAGAAUCAUCUCACAGGACCCAUUCCUGUAUCAACUAACACCGAACCAGGCCUGGAUCUGCUAAAACAUGCUAAGCAUUUCCAUUUCAAUAAGAACAAGCUUUCAGGGUGGAUCCCUGAGCAACUUUUCAGCGAAGACAUGGUGCUGAUACACGUAUUGUUCGAUGGGAACCAAUUAAGUGGAACAAUCCCAUCCACAAUAGGAUAUGUUCAGACACUAGAGGUCCUUCGGCUUGAUAGAAAUGCAUUGUCAGGUGAGGUGCCAAUGAACUUUAACAACCUUACUAGCCUAAGUGAACUGAAUUUAGCUCACAACAAUCUAUAUGGAGCCUUACCAGAUUUAAAUGGGAUGAAUGCCCUCAGUUACGUGGACUUGAGCAACAACUCCUUUCAUGUGUCUGAGCCUCCGGUUUGGUUUUCAACCUUACCAUCAUUAACCACUCUGGUUAUGGAGUUUGGUUCACUUAAAGGGAAGCUGCCACAAGAACUUUUCAGCUUAUCAGGAAUCCAACAAGUAAAACUGAGGAACAAUGAGCUUAAUGAUACAUUGAGUAUGGGGAGCAGUGUCAGUGAGCAGCUACAACUGGUAGAUUUGCAACGCAAUGACAUUGAAGCAGUGACACUAAGUGCUGAAUACAAAAACACAUUGGAGCUAUCUGGAAACCCAGUCUGCAAUACAGCUCUUGCACACACUAACUAUUGCCGAGUUCAACAACAAACCUCAAAGGCAUAUUCUACAAGCUUAGCUAACUGUGGGAGCAAAUCCUGUCCUUCGGAUCAGAAACUUAGCCCUCAGACUUGUGACUGUGCUUACCCGUAUGAAGGCACAUUGUACUUUAGAGGACCCUCGUUUAGAGAGUUAUCAAAUGCUAAUGUAUGGCAUUCUCUAGAAAUGAGCCUUUGGGUUAAACUAGGCCUGACCCCCGGCUCAGUUUCACUGCAAAAUCCAUUCUUCAACACUGAUGAAUACCUUCAGGUUUACUUGCAACUGUUUCCAUCAAAGGCCAAGCAUUUUGACCGAUUAGAGAUUCAAAAGAUGGGGUUUUACUUGAGUAAUCAAACCUACAAGCCUCCAGCUGGAUUUGGACCGUAUUUUUUUAUUGCGACUCCUUAUAUUUUCUCAGGAGGCCAUCGAGAUGCUCCCGUUGGUGUUGGUGGCAUUGUUGGCAUCACUACCAGCUGUACCAUAAUGGUCAUCAUACUUAUUGGGCUCUUUCUAUAUGCUGUUCGUCAAAAGAAGCGUGCUGAAAAAGCAAUUGGUUUGAGUAGACCUUUCGCAUCUUGGGCUUCAAGUGGUAAAGAUGGUGGAGGUGCACCACAGCUAAAGGGAGCUAGAUUUUUUUCUUACGAUGAACUCAAGAAGAGCACAAGUAACUUCUCUGAUGCCAAUCAGAUAGGAUAUGGUGGUUAUGGAAAGGUCUAUAGAGGAACGGUAGCUGGGGGGCAAGUAGUUGCCAUCAAAAGAGCUCAAAAAGCAUCCAUGCAAGGUGGACUUGAAUUCAAGACGGAGAUUGAGUUGCUUUCAAGGGUUCAUCACAAGAACCUUGUGGGUCUAAUCGGAUUUUGUUUUGAAGAAGGUGAACAGAUGCUCGUUUAUGAGUUUAUGUCAAAUGGAACCCUCAGAGAGAGCCUGUCAGGAAAAUCGGGAAUUCAUCUUGAUUGGAAACGGAGACUUCGCAUUGCUUUAGGUUCAGCAAGAGGACUCACUUAUCUACAUGAGCUGGCAAAUCCUCCUAUCAUUCAUCGAGAUAUAAAGUCCACCAAUAUCCUUUUAGAUGAAAAUCUAACGGCAAAAGUUGCAGACUUCGGCCUAUCUAAGCUCAUUUCUGAUACCGAAGGAAAUGUAUCGACUCAAGUUAAGGGUACAAUGGGCUACCUAGAUCCGGAGUACUACAUGACACAACAACUAACUGAUAAGAGUGAUGUAUACAGUUUUGGUGUGGUAAUGCUUGAACUAAUAACUGCUAGACCACCUAUCUCAAAAGGGAAGUACAUUGUCCGAGAGGUAAGACUAGCACUGGAUAAAACCAAUGAAGAUGAAUAUGAAUUGAGAAAGCUACUGGAUUCAAGCAUCAGAAAUAUGACACAUUUGACGGGUUUUAGGAGAUUUAUACAACUAGCAAUGCAAUGUGUUGAAGAUUCUGCUGCAGACCGUCCAACUAUGAGUGACGUUGUGAAAGCACUUGAGACCAUUUUGAUUAGUGAUGGACUCCACACAGACUCUACAUCUGCAUCCUCAUCUGCUACUGAGUUCGGGUCUGUGAAAAGUGCAUCUAGACAUCCUUACAGUGAAGCUACACUGAAAAGGAAUAACAAUGAUGCUUUUGAGUAUAGCGGUGGAUACAAUAUUUCGGCCAAAGUGGAACCUAAGUAAUGAAUUUCCAAAAAUCUUUAGGCUAAUUUUGUUUAGGAUUGGAUCUUAGUGGAUACAUGGUCAUUAUAUAUACAUCAUACGACACAAUGUAACAUUGGUAUAAUAUGUAGCAAUUACAAUGUAACAUUCUAUGUA